UGAGAAAGGAGCAGAUGCCGAUAGUGACACGUCUGAGACGUAACGUGGACGGGUUCCAGGCGGUGUCCCACCAAUUGGACUUGAAGGAAGGAAAAUCUACCGUUUUCUGCAGAGAUGAGAUUGAGGAUGUAGAAGCAGAUCUUCUUAAAGUUGACAUCCCAGAAUGUCGAGUGAUGUAUUGUUUUAAAUUUAAGGAAGGGUGCAGGUUGGGACCACAUAAAUCUCAGCCGGACCCCCAGACAAUGCCCCCGACAGCAAAGUCACGCUCUCGACAAGUGGUCGAUAAACUAGUCGACAACAGCGAAGAUUCUGAUGCUGAAAACGACGACACCGUAUUAGGCGAAAAGCCUACAGAACUCUUCGUUGAUCCUCUUCAUGGAAACCCACUCAUCUGCUAUGUUCAUGACGACGUUGAUGACCGUUCAGCAAUUAUACGAAUUAUACAG